GAUUUAAGGUAGUCACUUGUGUGUGCGCGAUUUCGUAAUCCUUCUCUGAUAAUUCAGCUCUCUCCGCAAUGAUCCGAUUCAUAUUGUUGCAGAACAGGCAGGGUAAGACUCGUCUAGCCAAGUACUAUGUUCCUCUCGAGGAUUCCGAGAAGCACAAGGUGGAAUACGAGGUUCAUAGGUUGGUAGUGAAUAGAGAUCCCAAAUUCACUAACUUCGUUGAGUUCCGAACGCACAAGGUAAUCUACAGGAGAUAUGCUGGGUUGUUCUUCUCGUUGUGUGUCGACAUAACGGAUAAUGAGUUGGUAUAUUUGGAGAGCAUCCAUUUAUUUGUGGAGAUAUUAGACCAUUUUUUCAGCAAUGUUUGUGAGCUAGACUUGGUUUUUAAUUUUCACAAGGUUUAUCUGAUACUUGAUGAAUUUAUUCUUGCUGGAGAGCUUCAAGAAACAAGCAAGAAGGCUAUUAUUGAGAGAAUGGGGGAGCUGGAGAAGCUAGAAUGAUGAUGAUGAUUAUUAUUUAGUUAAAUGUCAAUGCAAUCUGAGUAAAAUUUCCAUGCCAGAUUGCUAGUUAUUGUCUAGCCGUACUGUGAUAUUGUGCUCGCCUGUUUUGCACAGCCAAUCCUUUUCUUGUUGGACAAGCACGCCCUCCUUAACUCCAUUCGGUUUGUGAAUGUUCAAUGAGGUUCAUGGAUAGACUUUUGCUUGAGGAAAAUUGGGUGUCAAUUUUAAACUUAGUUUCUUAUGGUACUUCAAUAUUUCUGAUU